AAAAGCAAUUAAUUCUCCUCCUUAAUUUAUUUUCAUUUCCCGACAGAAAUUAAAUGUCAAAACAAUCUCCAUUGUUGUUCCGACAUCCUCAUCGACAAGCCGUUUUGAAGAACUUCCUCCCAAAAAUAUUGUUUGGUUUGGAAGAAAAGGGUUUCAUUUUUGGGUAUUAUUCUCAUUUGGAGUGAUCUUCUUAGCACUAUAUUUGUAGGCACUUGGAACGUUAUGAAGUCACCUUUUCUGCUUCACACAUCUUUAUUGCUACUUUUCUUUUUCAGCAUUAACAAUGCCUCUUCAACUUCCGUUCAGAACUUUUUUUGCUUUUUCUUCCUCAGAAAUGGCUCCAAACAACCUCCAUGUAGAAUCAAAUGAGUAUUUGUUUGCCACACCAUCAAACAGGAAGAUGAAACUGCAGGAUAGCGAACAAAGGAAGACGAGGAAGAAUGUUCGUGUGGGUGACGUGAAUCUUUACGACUACCACCCCAUCGAUCCAGUUCCAAGCUCAAAGAGAUCCAUCAAACAUGGACCAAUAGAGCAUGGCUCUCCUCUUAUACCUCAUAUGCCAAAUCCGUCCCCUCCUGAUCAACCACAGCCUGGUGGUUUUGUGUAGAGAGCAGAUACUUUCCUCUCUCCUACUUGUUAUAAAUAAACUGAAUUUGUUUAUUAUCAAACCAGCUACGUUAAUUCUGAUCGCAACCUCGUAUUAUCUAUUGUACUAAAAAAGAAGUAAUGGAACGAUGUUCUUAGGAAAUGAUUAUGUUUGUAGAUCUUAUCUACUUAGCCUUAGAGCUUGGUUGAAGAGUCCACAGGUGAUUUGCUCUAUGUAUUCAAUAGUUGUUUCAUAAA